AUGACGGACGCCAUGAUGGAGCCGUCAUUUGAAGAAUCAUUGCAGCUUCCUCGUCGUUACCUGCAGGAUCAUGAUGUGUGCCUUAAGGUCAUGAAUGAAACCACAAAAGGAACAAGGCUGUUCAAGAACCACGUGCGUGCCAUCUUCCCACGCUCCAGACUCUUUGAUGUCAACAAGCUAGUGGCCCUACAGAACCUUUCCUAUGAAUGCAAGUACUUUAGCAAAGAGCCUCCGCCUCCUACGGGCACACCAAGUGCUGAGUUUUGGAUUAGGCUCAGCUGUGCACAAGAGAAUAUACAGUGGGCAAAGGAGCCUGAAUGGUUGUGGGAGAUCCGCUACUUCAAGAGGAAAGCCAGCAAAGGAGAGACGGUGGACGAGGCCUUUGUUCGCGCCAGCGAUGAGUGCUUGAGGCACGAGCUGGAAACGAAUGGAGGGCGUACUCCAACCGAACGUUCAAAAGCAACCAAGGGGACUAGCAGCACUCAGAAGAGUGCACCGGCAGUGAAACCACUGGAGAAAACGGGUCAAGACACCGGUAAUACUGUGGUUUUGGAACCCAAUAGACACAAGUUGCUCAUUGAAGUAUCUCUUCUUGGCGGAGAUGAAAAAAAGGGUCACACGAUCGAGGCAUCACGUGCUCCACUACAGCCAGAUACCAGUAGGGGAACUCAGAGUGAAUCCGGCAGUCAAACUUCUAGGCUUGGGCUUGUCAUAAAAACUUUUGGACACAACGAAGCCCAUGACACGGGUAGCCUCAAGCGCUCCUUGAGUGAUUUUAGCCAGGGUGAACCCUAUCCCAACAAGAAGUCUCAAUCAAAUGCAAUGUAUGGGGGACGGUGA